AUUGUAUCUAUACACAAACACGGCGUAAAGAAUGAGUUUGAUCGUAGAUCUCACAGUACACGAAAUUUAUCCGUGAAAACGCACGGGUGUACGGAGAACCGUUUGUGUGGUGGAGCGGCAUUUCUGUAUCGGGCGUAUACAUAUAUUUAAUCAUGUUUCGCUCGUAUCAUUAUAAAGAUUGUCGGUAAAAAGCCUUCUUUUUAAUCUACGUGCAUAUAGUACCUGUAACGACACACGUUUAUCGAAGUGCCCAUCAGUGUUCGAAGAAAAACGCAACAGCUGUUUGCGUCGAAAGAUUUUAAAGACGAUUGAGAAAAUCCAUUUUGUUUUUAACAAUAUCGAAAUAGAAUAACAAGUACAAAUGGGUUACGAAUCGUAAAUGUUGGAAUUACUUCGACACUCCUUACGUUUAAUAUCGAGAGAAUCCCGAGGAAAACAAUCAAAAUGGUACCUUUCAGUGUUUUUCCCAUGUAGCUGUCAAAUAAUUAGAUAUAAUUCAAACAUUCAAACUCGGAAAUAACGGGUGAAACUAUAAAAAUGGAUGUGUCAAUGAUAAGAUUAGAAUCUAUAAUACAAAAGGUAACAAAUCCGCAAAGUCAGAAACUCGAUGUAGUAGAGGCAACCGAAGCAUUCUGUGCAAUACUUACUAAGGAACCAGAUAGCAUUCAAGUCGGGACUAAGUUAUUAGCAUUGUAUAUCCAAUCGUCUGAUGAAUUUGAAGCGCUUCAAACCCUUGCUCUAUUGGAUACAUGCAUGCGAAGAUGUGGAUCAUCUUUUCACGCUGAAAUUGGUAAAUUUCGUUUUUUAAAUGAAAUGAUCAGACUAGUUUCGCCAAAGUAUUUAGGUGGCGAUACGCCGAUUAUGGUACGUCAAAAAGUAUUACAAUUGCUGCAAACGUGGACAAAGGAAUAUCCACGGGAAUUAAAAAUUAAAGAAGCGUACGAAAUGUUGAAAAAACAAGGUGUCGUUGAGGAUGAUUCAACAUCCACGAUUAACGUCCCGGAAGAUGGAUCAAAAGUAUCAAAAUCUAAACACACGAUAUUCGACGACGAGGAGAAAUCCAAACUAUUGCAGAAAUUACUUCAAAGUAAAAAUCCUGAUGAUUUGCAAGCUGCUAACAGACUGAUUAAAACUAUGGUGAGAGAGGAUGAAAGACGUGUACAAUUGAACUCGCGUAGAAUAAUGGAAUUAGAAUCUGUACAUAACAAUGCUAAGUUACUAUCAGAGAUGUUGGACUCUUAUAAUAGUAAUGAGACUAGUAGGGAAGAUCUCGAAUUGAUGAAGGAAUUGCGUCAAGCCUGUGAACGAUUAAAACCAAUUGUACUGAGAUUAGCAAAUGAAACUCAAGAUAAUGAAGAAAUGCUCGGUGACGUGCUUGCCGCAAGCGAUGAAUUGGGACAGGUGUUUGAAAAAUACACUGCGAUCAUAGUACGUGGUGAAUGCGUAAAGCCUAAAACGGAUUCCAACACCGGCCCGUAUUUGUUAGAUUUAUCUUCUCCAACAGAGAACAUUACUGUUGAGAGUAGUGGUACAAAUACGAGUUACGAUGCCACAACAACAAACCAUCAAUCAGACAUGGAAGUUUUAGGGGAUAUCUUCAGUUCAAUAGGGAAAUCUGAAAAUCUAGAAAUCUCGCCUGUUUCGAACGCAAACCUCUUAAUACCUGAUUCAAUGAUCAUGCAACCAAUCAGUGUUUUGCCUACAAAUAAAAAAGGUGAAUCGAUUAACACACCUGAAAAGAAAAUAGACAGUAAAACAAGAGCACUGGAGGAAUUGAACGAAUUAGGAGAGUCUUUGCUCAAACAAAGUUUAUCAGGUACAAUAUCAAGUGCUCGCUCCAAUUCAGCAAGCAAGCAAACUGUAAGUCGUACGUUACACAUAGAACCCUCGAUAGAACGUCGCGAUUCAACUAUACUUCCUCAUGGCGAUUCUUCACAUUUUUCUGGUUCGUUAGACGUUGCGAGCACAAAAAUCAACAAAUUGACCAAUUUCAAUUCUGAUUCGCUCGACAGUCAAAGUCUUUUGCCCCCCUUGUCUCUCCCUAUUUCUCACAACACAAACGAAAAGCCAUCGACGACAGAGAAUGCUACUUGUAUAGAAUCCGAGAUCAAACCAUUGACGGAUAUUAACGUUAGCCUUCAAGAUAUUACGCCAGGUAUUAAUCCACCUAUAACUGUAAUGGAAGAAAAAAAUGGUAUAACCGUCGUGCUUCAUUUUGCUCGAGACAAUCCAAGAGAAGAUGUGUAUGUCGUGGUAAUUACAACAAUGAGCAAAAAUGUGAAACCACUUAGUAAUUAUUUGUUUCAAGCAGUGGUGCCAAAAAAAUGUAAAUGUAGACUUCAGCCACCUUCUGGAAUUGAAUUACCAGGUCAUAAUCCAUUUCUUCCCCCACCAGCAAUCACCCAAAUUAUGUUGAUUGCUAAUCCUAAUAAGAAAACCGUAUCCUUAAAAUUCAUGUUAAGUUAUACAAUGGACGACGAGACCUUCACAGAAAUGGGAGAAGUAGAAGCGUUGCCUUUGCUCUGAAAGACAUUUUAAACCUGUUACUUAAAAGUCAUUAUAAUAAG